GACUUUUCUGAUUUUUUCACUGUACAACAUGUUUAUCUAUUUUGUUUCAAUCAUUUACCUGAUCAAUAUUGUUUUUGGAUUAUCAUCAGCAUAUGAUAUUGGUUAUGAUGAUCAUGAUAAUAGUUAUUCAAUGGGUCCAAAUAAAGUUAAUGCUGCUAUAAAUACAAAAUUACAAGUGAAAACUGUACCGGUUCAUAGUUCAAAAUAUGGUGGUGGUGGUGGUGGAUCAACCGUAGUCGAUAUAAACGGUAAUGGUGGUGGAAAUCUAAUAUUACGAUUUAAUGGUGGUGGUUCAAAUAUACAAACCAUUCAAAAAGGAAUUCAAUCCGGUAAUGGUAAAAUACAAAAACAAUCUAUUAUGGCUGAACCUGAUAUACUUGUACAAAAUGUACAAAAACCAAUUAUACAAAAAAUACGUAUGCAAAUUCAACCAAUACGACAAAUAACACAGGAAAUACGUCCAGUUGAAGAAAAAAUUGAAACAGUUAUUGCAAAAGGUAUGGAAGAGGAAAAAUAUCCAGCAACGCAAAAAUAUCAUUCACCAUCAACACAACCACAACCAUCUUCAUAUUGAAAAAUUUUUGAAAAAACCAAAAUAAAAUCUGUUGUUUUCUGAGCA